GUCAUCCUUAGCCGCCAUGACUUUCUGCGCAAAGAUACAAAACUGAAACAUCAGCUAACCGUCUAUCAUUCUAUGAAGUUUUUCUCCUAUCAUCACUACCAGAGAAUAUAAUAUAUAUCUAGCUCACUUGUUUAGCUUUCCUGCAUAAAGCUACAUAGAGAUAUGGAACAGAAGCAAGGCAUAGAGCAAUUUAAAGGCCAAGCAAGGUUACCGAAUUUUGCAAUCCCGAAACGCUAUGAUCUUCAUCUCAAACUUGAUCUCUCUGCCUGCACCUUCUCCGGCACCGUGCAGAUUAACGUUAGCAUCGUUGAAGAGACCAAGUUUCUUGUCUUGAACGCUCUUGAACUUGAUGUUCAUCAAGUUUGGUUCACCAACUCUCACGGCCAAAAGUACCACCCCUGCGAUGUUGUUUUGGAUGGAGAUGAUGAAGUUCUUGUUUUGGUAUUUGAUAAAGCACUUGGUAUUGGUGAGGGAGUCUUGGGGGUUGACUUUUCUGCAGUCCUUAAUGCGCACUUGGUGGGGUUAUAUAAAUGUGCUUAUAUGGAUGGGGAAGAGAAAAAGAAUAUGGCUGUUACUCAAUUCGAAGCUGUGGAUGCGAGGAGGUUCUUUCCAUGUUGGGAUGAACCUGCUCUCAAGGCUAGAUUCAAGAUAGCAUUAGAUGUACCAUCAGAGCUGACAGCUUUGUCCAAUAUGCCUAUUAUUAAUGAGAAGUGUGAUGGAGAUGUUAAGACUGUGUCUUUUGAGGAAUCUCCAAUCAUGUCAACUUAUUUGGUGGCUGUUGUUGUUGGCCUAUUUGAUCAUAUUGAAGAUACAACAUCUGAUGGGGUAAAGGUUAGUGCAUAUUGCCCUGUUGGGAAGAGUGAUAAAGGGGAAUUUGCGUUAAAUGUUACUGUUAUGACCCUUGAUCUUUUCUCCAAAUACUUCUCAACGCCUUACUCACUCCCCAAACUUGAUAUGGUUGCGGUUCCUGAAUUUUCCGGUGGGGCCAUGGAGAAUUAUGGUUUGAUCACAUACCGUGAAACUGAACUGCUUUUUGAUCCUUUGCAUUCCACAGCAGCAAGAAAGCAAAGAAUGGCAAUUGUUGUAUCACAUGAAGUAGCACAUCAGUGGUUUGGCAAUCUGGUAACAAUGGAAUGGUGGACUGAUUUAUGGCUUAACGAGGGUUUUGCAACAUGGAUAAGUUAUAUGGCCACUGAUAUUUUGUUUCCUGAGUGGAAAGUUUGGUCUCAAUUUCUUCAAUAUACUACUGGUGGCCUAAUUAUGGAUGCCCUGGAACAAUCACAUCCAAUUCAGGUAGAGGUACACCACGCACGUUCAGUUCUUGAAAUAUUCGAUGCUAUCAGUUAUGAAAAGGGAUCUGCUGUUAUACGAAUGCUGCAGGCUUAUCUUGGUGAUGAUAUAUUCCAGAAAUCGUUAAGUUCCUACAUAAAAAGAUAUUCUGAAAAAAAUGCAAAGACAGAAGAUUUAUGGAGUGUUCUGUCGGAGGAAUCUGGUCUCAAAAUCAGUGAAAUGAUGGAUGAUUGGACUAAGAAACAAGGAUAUCCUGUGAUCUCUGUAACAGCAAAGGAUCAUAUUUUGGAAUUUGAGCAGACACAGUUUCUGUCAGCAGGUUUGCAUAGUGAAGGGAAAUGGAUUGUUCCAGUAACUAUUUCACUCGGUUCAUAUGAGAGACGCAAGAAUUUCCUUUUGGAAACAAAGUCCAGUGAAGUGGACAUAUCAGAUCUUGUUGACACUUCUGAUACUAAUUUAAAGAAUAAAGAGACAUGUGAUGAACAACUGUGGGUCAAGGUUAAUAUCGAGCAGAGUGGUUUUUAUAGGGUAAAAUAUGAAGAUAAGCUAGCAGCUCGACUUAGGAAGGCUAUUGAGCAUAAUAGCUUGGAAGCAACAGACAAAUUUGGUAUUCUGGAUGAUGCAUACGCCCUUUGCGAAGCUUGUGAACUGUCACUAUCAUCUUUGCUUUCCUUGAUGGAUGUAUACAGAAAAGAAGCUGAUUAUAUUGUCUUAUCAAAGCUUAUAGACGUAUGUUAUAACAUUGUUAAAGUAUCAAGCGAGGCCAUCCCUGAUUCAGUGAAUGAGUUGAAGCAAUUUUGCAUCAAAUCUCCUCAUGUUUCCAUCAGACGUUGUUUUUCUACACAUUGCCUUGUGAGAGUGGUCACUGUACUUGUAUGUCAGUACAGGGUGACGACUAGUUUGAAAAUAGCUUUUUGUGCAAUACCACGUGGUGAUUUGGGUGUGUGUUGCUUGAGGAAAUUGUUGUGUUGAAAUUUUGAGAAAUGUGGAUUGCGAAAGAAUGUCGUAGUGUUAAAUUGAUUUAGUGGCUAUUGGGAUGUA